GCUGUUUCGACUGAUACUGCGUGCAGCCGACGGCUUGCCAUUUCCAUGCUGCAUGAGUGAUGGCGUUGUUCUCGCUCAUCGGUCUUCCGCGACCUGCGCUUGGCCGCGCACGCUAUCUUCACCAGAGGACUACAGCUUCUCGUGUCGGACAACAUAUUUACAGGUUACGGGGCGCGCCGACAUCUGCGGUUCCAAUCUCAAUCCUGAUACCCCUGCAUCUGAUAGCCGACGGCGGUGCAGAUCCCCCACGGGAUGGUACCCAGCAGGAGAGCAUCACGCAAGGACGUUCAGGCACAGUGCUCAAAGACUGGGGUGAAGAUAAAGACGUCUCGGCAUGCUUGCUGUUCUGGCAUUAUUCCCGCAUCGCCAGAGAACCUGCCGCUGCCUCCACGCCCUCCUUUCCCGUUCGGACCAAGAUGUUCAUGCUCGCCUAGGAUACCCCAUCCUACCAUUGAGUUGAGAUAACAGUGAGCCGCAACUCCGCCACCAAGCAAGCUCGUGGCAAGCUCGUGUCAACAGUUGAAACCCUUGAAUCCGGAGUAUCAAUGUGAGACAUCGUGGGGUAGCGUUCUUUAUACGCGCGCUUCCGCCCGAUGGCGAGUGUGGCGAGGCAUGCGCGUUUGCAGCA